AUGGAUUCCCACUUGAGGGAGUGCUCUGCUUUGCAACCCCCUCUCGAUUGGCCUACCCGGAUGCACAUUGCCUUAGGAGUGGCGAGAGGGAUCUCGUAUCUUCACGAGGAUUGCAGUCUUCAGAUAAUUCACCGAGACAUAAAGCCUUCGAACAUUUUGUUGGAUGAGAACUUCGAACCUCUCAUUGGGGACUUCGGCAUGGCAAAAUUGGUGAACCAUGAAGAUUGGAAGCAGCAGAUCCAGGAGUCGAAAAGCGCCAGGGCACCGCACCAGAUGGCUGCUCUGGAUAGAUCGGAAAAGUUAUACAGUACCAAUGUAAUAGGUGGUACAUUUGCAUAUCUCCCUCCAGAGUACUUGAUGCACGGUUAUUUCUCAGCAAAGAAUGAUGUCUUCGCAUUUGGGGUGGUACUCCUCGAGCUCAUCUCUGGUUCAAGGAUUGAUUUUGGGCAGCCUCUAGACAGAAAAAGAUUCCGUGAUUUUACGGGGGUGAAAGACAUUGGGGAACAUAACAAGUUGGGAUGUCUGAUCGAUCCGAACUUGAGGGGAGACUACGAUGAGAAAGAGGCUGAGAAAUUAGUCAAACUGGCUCUCUUGUGCGUCCAAGAGUCACCAACAAAACGACCCACAAUGUCGGAGGCAGUCCAAAUUCUCAAAGGAAGCAGCUUAAAUGACAGAUGGGAGAGUGAAAAAGCGGAGAUGUUACUUACUUUUCCGCUAGGAGAAUCUCUUCUUGAUUCAGAGGAGCUAUCAGGACGCACCCUCGCCGACUCUGCAUCUCAUCUUGAUCCAGAGGUGCUAUCAGGACCGAGAUGA